GGAGGGCAGUGAGCAAGAGAGGGAGGCGGGAGGCCAGGGCCCGCCCCACAGCAACUUCUGCGCCUCUGAACAGCCACAGGGGCAAAGCCCUGUCACCCCCAGGAUCUGAUCACUGGGGAAAACAGAGCUGAGAGGAGGGCCAGCUGGGGUGAGGGUUUGGAGGCCCAGGAGGCAGCAUCUGGGCAGGGACCAGGCACAGGAGGAGGCCAGGGGGCACAGACAACAAACUCCCCUCAGAAGGGGAGAAGAGGAGAGCGGAAGGAACGAGGGAGGGACGGUCGGGACCCUGAGGAGGAAAGAGGAGGGGGAGAAGGAUCAGGCCCUGUGGCCAAGGAGGAGGCGUGCGGCUGGGGGCUGCCGGCAGGAAGCCGGGGACCUGACGGGCGCGGUCCCUGGAGUAGCGGCAUCCCCGCCAGUGCCCAGGCCAGGAUGUGCCUCUGAGGGCCACCGCAGAGCGCCCCACCAUGGCCCCCAGCACCCUCUGGAGCUGCUACCUCUUCUGCCUGCUGACCGCGGCUGUGGAAGCAGCUAGCUACCCUCCUCGCGGUUACAGCCUCUACACAGGGGGUGGCGGGGCCCUCAACCCUGGUGGACCCCAGGCCCAGAGUGCCUCCCGGCCCGCCAGCCGCCAUAGGCAGGGUUGUGCCUGCAGGAACUGGUGUGCCUACGUGGUGACCCGGACAGUGAGCUGUGUCCUUGAGGAUGGAGUGGAGACCUUCGUCAAGCCCGACUACCAGCCCUGUGGCUGGGGCCAGCCCCAGUGUCCCCGCAGCAUCAUGUACCGCAGCUUCCUCCGUCCUCGCUACCGCACAGCCUACAAGACAGUGACGGAUAUGGAGUGGAGGUGCUGUCAGGGCUACGGAGGCGAUGACUGUGCUGAGGGUCCUGCCACAGGGCCUGCUCCUGCCCCCCCCACACCACGCCCCCGGCCCCAGCCUGCCCGCCCCAACCUCUCUGGCUCCAGUGCAGGCAGCCACCUGAGUGGACUAGGUGGGGAAGGUCCUGGGGAGUCAGAGAAGGUGCAGCAGCUAGAGGAGCAGGUGCAGAGCCUGACAAAGGAGCUGCAAGGCCUUCGGGGUAUCCUGCAGGGACUGAGUGGGCGCCUGGCAGAAGAUGUCCAGAAGGCUGUAGAGACAGCCUUUAAUGGGAGGCAGCAGCUAGCAGAUGCAGCUGCCCGCCCUGGCGUGCACGAAACCCUAAAUGAAAUCCAGCAGCAGCUGCAGCUCCUGGAUAACCGUGUCUCCACCCACGACCAGGAGCUGGGCCAUCUUAACAACCAUCACAGUGGUGGUGGUGGUGGUGGUGGUGGCGGCGGGGCACUGGACCCAGCCCCGCUUCCUCCUGGCCACAGUGAGGAGCCACUGCGGGAGCUGGAGCAGCGGCUGCAGGAGUCCUGCUCUGUGUGCCUGGCAGGGCUGGACGGCUUCCGCCGGCAGCAGCAGGACGACAGAGAGCGGCUUCGAGCACUGGAGAAGCUGCUGGCCUCUGUGGAAGAGCGGCAGAGGCAGCUCGCCGGGCAGGCCUUGGGUCGCAGGCCCCCGCAGGAAUGCUGCCCUCCAGAGCUGGGCCGGCGGCUGGCAGAGCUGGAGCGGAGGCUGGAUGUAGUGGCCGGCUCAGUGACAGUGCUGAGUGGGAGGCGAGCCACUGAGCUCGGAGGAGCAGCUGGGCAGGGGGGCCAUCCCCCAGGCUAUACCAGCUUAGCUUCCCGGCUCUCUCGCCUGGAGGACCGAUUCAACUCCACCCUGGGUCCCUCGGAGGAGCAGGAGGAGGGCUGGCCGAGGCGUCCUGGGGGGCUGGGCCGCUGGCUGCCUGCUGCCCAUGGCCAGCUAGAGAAGCUGGAGGGACUAUUGGCCAAUGUGAGUGGGGAGCUGAGUGGGCGGCUGGAUCUGCUGGAAGAGCAGGUGGCAGGGGCUGUGCAAGCAUGUGGGCAGCUCUGUUCUGGGGCCCCAGGGGAGCAGGACUCCCAGGUCAGUGAGAUCCUCAGUGCCUUGGAGCGCAGGGUGCUGGACAGCGAGGGGCAGCUGCGUCUGGUGGGCUCAGGAUUGCACAAGGUGGAAGCAGCUGGGGAGGCACAGCAGGCUGCACUGGAAGGACUGCGAGGGGUCGUGGGCCAGCUCCAGGGUCUUGUCGACGCACAGGAUGAGACAGCUGCAGAGUUCACGGUGCAGCUCAAUCUCACAGCCACUCGGCUGGGCCAGCUGGAGGACCUGCUGCGGGCCCGUGGAGAUGAGGGCUGUGGGACCUGUGGUGGUGUCCAAGAGGAACUGGGCCGCCUUCGGGAUGGUGUGGAACGCUGUUCCUGCCCACUGUUACCCCCGCGGGGCCCUGGGGCUGGCCCAGGUGCUGGGGGACCAAGCCGUGGGCCUCUCGAUGGUUUCAGUGUGUUUGGAGGAAGCUCAGGUUCAGCACUGCAGGCCCUGCAAGGAGAGCUUUCUGAGGUUAUUCUCACCUUCAGCUCCCUCAAUGACUCACUGCAUGAGCUCCAGACCACCGUGGAGGGCCAGGGCGCUGAUCUGGCUGACCUGGGAGCCACCAAAGACCGCAUCAUCUCUGAGAUUAACAGGCUGCAGCAGGAGGCCACAGAGCAUGCGACAGAGAGUGAGGAGCGCUUCCGAGGCCUGGAAGAGGGACAGGCACAGGCUGGCCAGUGCCCCAGCCUGGAGGGGCGACUGGGCCGCCUUGAGGGAGUCUGUGAGCGAUUGGACACGGUGGCUGGGGGACUGCAGGGCCUGCGAGACGGCCUUUCCAGACAUGUGGCUGGGCUCUGGGCUGGGCUACGGGAAACCAACAGCACCAGUCAGACACAGGCAGCCCUGCUGGAGAAGCUGCUGGGAGGGCAGGCAGGCCUGGGCAGGCGGCUUGGUGCCCUUAACAGCUCCCUGCUGCUCCUGGAAGAUCAGCUUCGCCAGCUCAGUCUGAGGGAACACACUGGGCCUGCAGGCGAGGCUGGGCCCCCAGGGCCUCCUGGGGUGCAGGGACCCCCAGGUCCUGCUGGACCUCCAGGACUGCCAGGCAAGGAUGGACCAACGGGGCCCAUUGGGCCACCAGGUCCCCAGGGUGAGCAGGGAGUGGAGGGGGCACCAGCAGCCUCUGUACCCCGGGUGGCCUUCUCAGCUGCCUUGAGUUUGCCCAGGUCUGAACCAGGUACAGUGCCCUUCGACAGAGUCCUGCUCAACGAUGGGGGCUACUAUGAUCCAGAAACUGGUGUGUUCACAGCGCCACUGGCCGGGCGCUACUUGCUCAGCGCAGUGCUAACUGGGCACCGCCACGAGAAAGUGGAGGCCGUGCUGUCUCGCUCCAAUCUGGGCGUGGCCCGCAUAGACUCAGGUGGCUAUGAGCCCGAGGGCCUGGAGAAUAAGCCCAUAGCCGAGAGCCAGCCCAGCCCGGGUGCCCUGGGCAUCUUCAGUCUCAUCCUGCCGCUGCAGGCCGGGGACACAGUCUGCAUUGACCUGGUCAUGGGGCAGCUGGCGCACUCGGAGGAGCCGCUCACCAUCUUCAGUGGAGCCCUGCUCUAUGGGGACUUGGAGCUAGAACAGGUGUAGACAGAGGCUGCGAUGACCGGUCCGAAGUGUCUAAGCUGGCCAAAGAGUAAGUGGAGGCGGUGGGCUUCUGGGGGAAGCCGCCUGGUACCGGGCGCCGUCUUGGCUCCCCAGCCCCGGGACAGCCAUCUCGGAACCUACCGAAGCACAGGCGCCCGGAACACUCUCCUCCUCACGGCCGGAGCGCUCCAGGUCAGGGACUCUGGAGUCACCUCCUCCAGACUUUUGGCCCGAUCGCCGUCCCCUGCAGGACCCAUACUGUGGAGGAACCGAUCCUCGUACCCUUUGCUACCCCAACUGGCCUCUAGGCCGAUUUCCUGGGCUCCAGGGCUCUCCUGAGGAGGCCCAAGCCCCCAUCGCCAUACUAAACUAUUCAGGAAUAAAGACACUUGGUUUUUCUAAAAAAAAAAAAAAACAAAA